AUGGCUAAUUUUAGAACCUGCGACGGAGUGGUCAAACUCCCCGACGGUGCCAUCGUUUCACCGGUACUGAUGUGGCAACAUGGUACCGUAUACUGGGCUAAUGGAGCAGCUGAAAAACUGGAAUCACUUUCGUCAGACACACAACAUUAG